AUGAGCCACAUCUUGCACGCCGUGUCCACGGGUUCUCAUGCCUCGUUGGUGCCCAUCAAGCGCGCAUUGCUGUCCGUGUCAGACAAGACAAGUAUUGUAGAGCUAGCCACAUACCUGUCACAACACGGCGUCGAAUUACUCUCAACGGGUGGCACUGCCAAAGCACUACGCGAUGCCAAGCUACCGGUCGCGGACGUGUCGACGUACACGGGCUCGCCUGAGAUUAUGGACGGGCGUGUAAAGACGCUACAUCCCAGGAUUCACGGCGGUCUAUUGGGUGUACGUGGUAACGCACAGCACGAAGCGGACAUGGCUGCUAACGGCAUCCAGAACAUUGAUCUAGUGGUACUAAACCUUUACGCUUUUGAAGCGGCUGUGGCCAAUGGUGGAGACUUUGAUACGUGCAUUGAAAACAUUGACAUUGGUGGACCGUCCAUGUUGCGCUCGUCAGCUAAGAACCACAAGGCGGUGGUUAUUUGCACAAGCCCCACGCAAUAUCCUGCACUCAUCCAGGAACUAGAGACCAAUAAGGACUCUUUUAGCACGUCCAUUGAUUUUCGUCGGAGCUGUGCUGCUGCUGCCUUCUCUCUGGCAGCAUCUUACGACUCGUCCAUCUCGUCGUGGCUUAAUGGUCAGCUUGGCAAUGCUGCCCCCACUGUCACUCGUGUGUACAAGAAUGAGUUUGCUCUCAAGUACGGCUGCAACCCACACCAGAUUCCAGCGGCCAUUCUUAGCCGUGUGGGCAGCAAACUGCCGUUCACGGUACUCAACGGUACCCCUGGUUACAUCAAUUUGUUGGACGCUGCCAACGCCUACCAGCUUGUGCGUGAGCUACGUCUGUCGCUGAAUUUGCCUGCUGCUGCAUCGUUCAAGCAUGUAAGCCCUGCCGGCGCGGCUGUGGCUGUGGACCUUGAGGAAGGUCUCCAUGCUGCAUACGAGGUGGGCAACGUAAAGCUGACCCCGCUAUCUCUCGCCUACCUCCGUGCCCGUAACGCCGACCCUCUGUCAUCGUUUGGGGACUUUGUCGCUGUCAGUGACGUGGUUGACGAAGCUACUGCUAAGAUUCUCAAGCGUGAAGUGAGCGAUGGUAUCAUUGCGCCUGGCUACGAGCCGGCGGCUUUUGAGAUCCUUAAGGCCAAGAAGGGUGGCAAGUUUAUCGUCCUUGAGGCUGACCCGAGUUUUGUUCUGCCGGACGUUGAGUACCGCGAGGUCGCUGGCAUCACGUUUGCCCAGAAGCGCAAUGAUGUCAUGGUCUCAGCUGAGAAGCACUUGGCGGACGUGCAGACGUCUGGUGCCGGUCCUCUGACCGACGCCAAGAAGCGUGACCUUGUUCUUGCGGCUAUUACCCUCAAGUAUACGCAGUCCAACUCGGUUGGCUACGCUAAGGACGGUCAGAUGAUUGGUGUCGGCGCCGGUCAGCAGUCACGCGUGGACUGUGUGAAGCUCGCUGGUCGCAAGGUUGCCAUCUGGCACCUUCGUCAACACCCAAAGGUGCAGGGUCUUGCUUUUAAGAGCAGCGUUAAACGUCAGGAGCGUGUGAACGCGCGUGUGCGUUAUAUUGAGGGCGACAUGGCGCCUGCUGAGCUUGAGUCAUUUAAUGCGCUCUUUGAGACUGUUCCGGAACCGCUUACGGUUGCUGAGAAGGAGGAGUUUCUUCAAAUUCUUACGGACGUAAGUCUCGCGUCAGACGCUUUCUUCCCGUUCCGUGACUCCAUCGACCACGCCACGAAGCUGGGCGUGAAGUUCAUCACGCAGCCAGGUGGUAGCACCCGCGAUUGUGAUGUGAAGGCCGCCUGCGAAGAGUUUGGCAUCACCAUGGCUUUCUCCAACCUCCGUCUUUUCCACCAUUAG